AUGAAUUCUAGAAGGGAGCGUAAUGCUAGAGCUGCUCUUUUUGAUGGUAUUGAGGAAGGUGGUAUCCAGGUUUCAUCUUCUUAUUCCUCUCGUGAAAUUGAUGAACAAGAGAAUGACAGAGCAAUUGAUGGGUUGCAAGAACGAGUUAGUCUGCUGAAAAGAUUGUCAGGUGAUGUGCAUGAGGAGGUCGAGGCUCAUAACAGUAUGCUGGACAGGAUGGGCAAUGACAUGGAUGCUUCAAGGGGAGUUUUAUCAGGAACCAUGGAUAAAUUUAAGAUGGUUUUCGAGACCAAAUCAAGCCGGAAUAUGUUUACACUCGUGGCAUCGUUUGUGGUUAUUUUUCUCAUUAUCUACUAUCUCACUAGGGGACUCCCAAUGCAACGUGCACUUGAAUAUUUUGUGGAGUGUAUGGGGACAGUUAGCAAUUUCUUCGGCUUUUUUAAUAUUCGUUUGAAAAAUUAUGGAUGUUCGACAGUAGAUAUGAAAAAGGAAAAACAUGUUCAUCUCCAAUGUUUAGAAAUGGACAUUUUAGUCCUCGACCUUUCUGCCCAAUCCCCAAUCUUUGCAAUUGCUGACCAUGUUGCAAGAUGA